AUGGAGGUUCCGCAUAUUGUCCACUGGAUCCAGAUUGUACUUGAGAUUGCUGCUGUUGCUGGUGAUGUUGAGGCUGAGAUGGACCAGAAUAAUACUGUGGCUGCCUUUGAUAAUGAUGCUGAUCCUCGGAAUGACCCGGCUGGCCUGACGAGGAAUGACGUCCCUGGUAAACAGGCCGUGAUGGAGAGGGCGGCCCAAUAG